CUAGUCAGUGGGAGUUUCACACCACGAAAGGCCACAAGAUGAGUGUGCUCAUCUUUCCCUGUCUGCCCAGUCCUGCCCAGAGGUGAGGUACGGGACCUCAGUGCAGCAGCUUCCCUCGUGCCUUGGAGAGGAAUAGCAGCCUAGCACAAUGGCUGCGUUCCCUGUCCUGGGGCAAGAAACAUUGUUCCGGAACGGCACCUGGAGCUAUCGAAUUCCAGCCCUGCUCUACCUGCCGCGGUUCAGCAUGAUUCUGGCCUUUGCUGAGGAGCGGGAGGACCUGGUGGAUGAACAUGCCAAGCUGAUAGUCAUGCGCAGAGGCGUGUACGACCCAGCCACGCAGCACGUUCAGUGGAAAAGAAUGGAGACCCUUGUCAGUGCACAGCUGGAAGGCCACCGAUCUAUGAACCCCUGCCCAGUAUAUGAUGAAGUCUUGGGGAAACUCAUCUUGUUCUUCAUAGCUGUCCCAGGAAAGAUCUCUGAGCAGCAUCAGCUGAAGACAAAGAUCAACCUGGUACGUCUCUGCUAUGUCACCAGCAUGGACCAAGGGCGCACCUGGAGUGCUGCCCAGGAUGUCACCGACAGGACCAUUAGGAAUGAAUACAAGAACUGGGCCACGUUUGCAGUGGGGCCAGGUCAUGGAUUACAAUUGCUCAAUGAGGCUCGGAGCCUUGUGAUCCCUGCCUAUGCCUAUCGUAUCUUGGACCCCAAGCAACACCCCACCCCUCAUGCCUUCUGCUUCAUCAGCUCCGACCAUGGGACAACAUGGGAGAAGGGGAACUUUGUAGGGGAGGAGAGUGCAGUGGAGUGCCAGGUAGCAGAGGUGCAUACCUGUGGCAGAAAGGUCCUUUAUUGCAAUGCAAGGAGCAACAGGGGAGCCAGGAUCCAGGCUGUCAGCUACAACCACGGGCUGGACUUUGAGGGGGGCCAGCGGGUUGAAAUGCUAAUAGAACCUCCCUCAGGGUGCCAUGGAAGUGUUACUGCCUUUCCACCUCCCCCGGAUGCCAGAUGUCAAGACAGUUGGUUACUCUACGUUCAUCCUACAGACCCAAGGGGUCGAAAAGAUUUAGGAAUUUACCUCAACAAAAGCCCUUUAAAUCCAGCACACUGGACAAAACCCAGCAUACUUUUCAAGGGUCUGUGUGCUUAUUCAGAUCUGCAGUACAUGGGCGUUGGGCCCGAUGGCUCACCUUUGUUCUCCUGCCUCUUUGAAUAUGGGACCCACAGACAAUGUGAAGAGAUUAUUUUUGUCAUGUUCACUUUGAAGCAAGCCUUUCCCUCAGAAUACUGAGUCUCAAGCCUUUCCAUCACCAUCCCUCCAAAAACCAUCUUUGCUGAUGCUUUUUACUGUCAUUUCUCAUCCCUCAGCAAAAGGGUUUUUUUUGUUCCUGCUGCACACAUAGUUUGGUAUUGGCUUGUUGUGUCUGUAGAUUGUGAAGUCCAUUAAACAUACCACAACUUAACACAUUUGGUUUUGUUUUCUAUUGCAUUUUUGCCUUUCUCUUUGGCUGCUUUUUUACACCUCACGUGCCCAAAACAAGUGUGACCUUUGUAUAGGGCUUCUCAUCUUGAGGUCUCUGACAGACUUCAUGAGGGACACGUGUGCUGACAGCACAGGGACUGCAAAGGAGCAAAUGGCAGCAGGGUUAUGCUGAGUGGUAUUUAGUAAGUUGUGGAGAAACUUCUAAAGAGGGCACUGGGCUUACUACCCUGUAUCUGCUGUCAUCUUCUUCAGGAAGCUGCUUUGGCUCUGGUAAGGAGCAGUGCUUCUUGCAGCCAGUGUAGGAAUGCAGGCGCCUGUAAUUUCCAGGGCUUUCUGUCUCCUUAUUUCAGCAAGGCCAUGUGAUGCCUUGCUCUUGGGAUAUUCCAUGCCAACUUCUUCAGUGUUUUUGGGGCUGCCUUGUUGAGUUCCUAGGCACCCCAGAGGCUUCUGCCUAACUUAACCUUCUCCUUACUUCCCAUGCUGUUUUCUUGCUUACUCACCCUUUUGCUUACACUGCAUUGAGAAGGUGCAGUUUCCCAUGUGUAAGAAAAUCACAGCCUUGUGUGCUCUUCCUGCUCCCUCUCCCUGGGCAGUGUUAGUAGGGCUCAAUGAGGACACCAGGACCCUUCCAUGUUGGGGGACAGAGCAAGUGGCAAAAAUGGCAUUUUGCCUAUAUGGAAGCUGCAGGAUCAGGACAGGUCUGCAGAGGGAGCUCCCAAUUUAGAGUCAGGAGGGGAAGUGCUUGCUGGUCUUUCUGACACAACUGCCGAGCUAUGAUCCGCAUGGCAAUUACUCUUAUUGUUGACAACCCCAUGUCUUGUUAUUACAGAGUAUUAUUGGCAUAUGAGGCACUAUGUCAAACAAAUAACAUUGCCCCACUUUCAGCAAAAAAAGCACCAGUGUCAGAGGAAGGAGAACUGACCAAGGCCAGGGUAACAUAAAACAUUCAAGCUGGGAGGCUUUCCAAUGUAGACAGAUUUUCAGCAGAUUUCUGAAUGAAACAGCUCUAGUUUUGGUGAGAGAGACACUAUUCUACUACUAGACAGUGUGUUUUGAAAGGAGGCUUUAUACAAUGCCUAGACAAGGGACUGACCAGAAACAAAUGGCUACCAUGUGAGACACAUCAGAGCAGAUGGAGCUAGGAAAGUGUUGCCCAUGCCUCUGGACAAAAUUCUGCGUAUGAACCAGCCUGUGCUUGUUUCCUGUGUGUUGUAUCCUGCAUCUAUGCACAUGUUUAAUGACUGCAAGGAAAAUGUUUGUUUGCUCUAUUGCUGAAGAAAACCUCCUGCUUUUCAGAGGUCUGUCAGAACACAUCCCCUUUGGUGAGCACUACCAAGUCCCAUAGGAUCCUUGGCAGUCUCUGCUCAUGUCCAUGAGUCUCUGCUUGCACAGUGCUCCUACCCUUGCCUUUUACUACUGACAGCUUUCAUGGGUGUUGGAAAAAGAGGCCCUGACUUUCCUCACUACGGAGAUUUGUUUCAGGGCACCUGGAUGCUGCAGAUACCAAGGGAGUGAAGGGAUCUCAUGACCUUCACAGAUACACUGGUAACUUGUCAAGCUUUUCCCAAACAGCAGGUCAGUAACAUGCUGGGCUGGAGUAGCAGAGUGGCUCAGGUAGCCAGUACUUUUUGGGUAUUACUCAUAUGCUCUUUAGAUGUAGGACAGAAUCUAAAUCACCUUUGUGGCCAACAGCCUAUCACUGAUGCAUAAUUAGGGAAUGUUAUAUUUAGAUUUCUGCAAAGCUAACUGCUGCUCUAUAGACUUAACCUCCUCGUCAGGUACUAUGGAAUACUUUAGUUUUGUGACAUGGAAAUGCAUACUUAAGUUUCUAUCUGGCCAAGCCUGGCAGUUCCCAUGCUGAUGCAGUGCACAGGCUGAAUAUAAGUUUGGAGGAGGGGUUGUGUGACCACUGUACAUCUUGAAUGAUGCCACAGACAGUAUUUAUUUACUGGUUCUGGAGAGGCUGCUGCGUGGACACCAUCUGGCACAGUACUACCUGGACAUCUAUAGCAAAACUAGUUCAGAUAAAGAGUCUACAAUUGUGUCUUGAAGAUAAGCUAUUAUUCCAAGCUAACAAGCCAUUAGGGAUCACAGAGCUGUUUAUAUUAGGGGAUUGGGAUUUACCUUUUGAGCUGCUGAAGCUGUACUGUUCUUUAUUUUAGGACGAAGAAAUACCCACAGAAACCAGCCUGCACAUUCAAUUGUCACAAUCAUAAUUUGUACUUGGAUCCCUUCCCCUUGUUUUUGUCUCCAAGUCAAGGACUAGUGUGUGCCUGGACAUGGGAUUUGAAGGAAAUAGCAGCAGAUUGCUAAAAAUCUACAUUGGUGGAGGGGUGGAUAGGAGCUAAGUACACGGCUGAUUAGUCUCAGAUAUCUAAUGAGGGCUUUUACCUGUUACCUGGUGUUAGUUUGCAGAAGAUCAGGAGAAGCUCUCCAAACAGUUUCAUUCUAUCAAAAUUGAUGUUGUGAGCAGCUCUGUCCACUCUGCAUCCGGAUACAUGUCUGUUGCAUGGAGAGCACUGUGAGGUCAAGCAGUGGUUGACAUUCAGAGCUGUUCUGCUUCCUGCUGCAGCUGUGCUCCAGAGAAGCUAUUGGAGGUACCAGAAAUCCCAAGGAUUUGGUGCAGCUGAGGUUAACAGUGCACUGUGGCCAGGCAGGGCUGUCAAAGCAUCUGCAUGGUGCCUUUGUCAUAUGCAGACUCUCAUUUUGGUUGGGAGAAUAGAGUUUGUAACCACUCUUUACCUUACAGCUACUGGCAGAGCCACUUCAUGGCAUUCUGUGUCUGACUCCAUUUAGGCACCUGAAUCCAUAGGAGUUUGUCUGCUAAGGGCCUGUGUGGAUGUGGGUGGAACUGAAGGCCAGGUUCAGCUGAGCUAAUUUUCACGUGCAGACAGUGCUUGCUCAGCAUGGACAGGAAGCCCUGCACAGUGCAGUUCUGCUCAUCUAGCAGGGCCCUGUCCUGGCCACACAGCUUUGGGCUGCUGCUACCCACAGUUUCAUCUUGCUGCAGAGGUUAAGGACACUGCAGACCAAGCCUCUGCAUAGCUGAAAGCAGCAAGAAGGCUUACAGAGAUGGAUGCUGGGUUGUGCUGGUUCACUCUCCCUCUCCACACCCACCCAUUCUAGCUUCCCCAUGUGCACAAACACUGUUCUCUCCUGCCUUGCUGUCCAUGCAGUGUACAGCACAGUACUUCAUGCACGGUCCAGGUACUGCGGUUCCAGCACUUCUCCUGGUCUGGGAACCAAGGGUUGCAUAGAGCUGACAGAGUUUGCACCUUUCCUCUGCCUCUGAACUUUGAGUCCCAGCUCAGCUGCUGCUUUCAGGUAUAGCUGAAAUAUGGAUGUGCAGAGAGCAGAGUGGUUGGAGGUACAGGAUAGACAACCAAAAUUGUCAUGCAGGCAGUGCCCCUGUAGGAAUGUUCUGGCAUUGCUGCAAAUAUAUCUUGGAGAUGCAGCACUAAGCAUGCCACACAGCAUAGCUGAGGAACAGAUGUACACACAAAGAAAAGGGAAGUGAAAGCUCCAGUUCUCCCCUCUCUGACGCAGGUUGCAGACAUGGCUUUACUCUAUCCCACCUUUGGGGAUUUAUAGUAGGAAAGAUCUUUGAAUCCAUCUCACAGUAGCUGACAGGGAGCUUUGACAGGGAUUUUUUUCAAAAAUCCCUAGCACAAAUCAGCCUUUCAUCUGCUUCUAUGCAUGGAGACAUGCAGUAGUUAUUUUAUUUUUUCAAUUCUUUGAAGUUUCCUCCUCACACCUAGUUAGAUAGGACUAUCAAGGCAGGAAUGGGGCAGUCAGUGCUAUGUAUCCUAAUGCACAGUGUGUUUCUGAUCACAGAUUUAUUUAUUCCCCAUAGAGACCUGUAGUGGGUAGGACAGAGAGAAAAAGAUGAAAACUCAAAGGAUUUGGCAGGAGGUCGUAAAUUGGAUGGCAGGCCACCAGAGCCUGGGGGACUGAAUCUGUGAGGGAGCAGAAGAGAUCACCAGCUGGGACUUUGGGACACAAAGCAGGAGGGAAAGGCAGGGAACGUGGGCUUGCUAGUCACUUCAGCGGCAGCAUGAAGAGGGAGAGUGGGGGCUGCAGGGAUAUGUCACACUCGCUCUCUGAGCUGUUUGAGUUGAGGAAGUUGUCCGUGGCUGAGUUUCCUUUCCCUCUCUGUGCUAUUG